AUGACAUCAACAGGGAAAGAAGGCAGCGGAGCUCAACAUGCACAAUAUGUUGGACCCUAUCGUUUGGAGAAAACCCUAGGAAAAGGACAGACAGGGCUUGUGAAGUUGGGGGUUCACUGUGUCACGUGUCAGAAGGUCGCGAUAAAAAUUGUCAACAGAGAGAAGCUCAGUGAGUCGGUGCUAAUGAAGGUGGAGCGGGAAAUAGCCAUCCUGAAGUUGAUAGAACAUCCCCAUGUUUUAAAGCUGCAUGAUGUUUACGAAAAUAAAAAAUAUUUGUAUUUGGUGCUAGAACAUGUGUCAGGUGGGGAGCUCUUCGACUAUCUCGUAAAAAAGGGAAGAUUGACACCAAAAGAAGCCAGGAAGUUCUUCCGACAAAUCAUCUCUGCUUUAGACUUCUGCCAUAGUCACUCAAUAUGCCACAGGGACUUAAAACCAGAAAACCUACUGCUGGAUGAAAAGAACAACAUCCGGAUAGCAGACUUCGGGAUGGCAUCGCUGCAGGUUGGAGACAGCUUGUUAGAAACCAGUUGUGGAUCACCACAUUAUGCUUGUCCUGAAGUCAUCCGGGGAGAAAAAUAUGAUGGAAGGAAAGCAGACGUCUGGAGCUGCGGAGUCAUUUUGUUUGCGUUGCUAGUGGGUGCCCUGCCUUUCGAUGACGACAACUUGCGGCAACUGCUGGAGAAGGUGAAGCGUGGAGUGUUCCACAUGCCCCAUUUUAUCCCCCCUGACUGUCAGAAUCUUUUGCGGGGGAUGAUUGAAGUGGAUGCCUCGAAACGUCUCACGCUAGAACAUAUUCAGAAACACAUAUGGUAUAUAGGGGGUAAGAAUGAGCCAGAACCAGAGCAACCAAUCCCUCGAAAGGUGCAGAUUCGUUCUCUGCCUUCCUUGGAGGAUAUUGAUCCAGACGUGUUAGAUAGCAUGCACUCGUUAGGCUGCUUCCGUGACCGAAAUAAACUCUUACAGGACUUGUUGUCGGAAGAAGAAAACCAAGAAAAAAUGAUUUAUUUUCUUCUGCUUGACCGGAAGGAGAGGUAUCCUAGUCAUGAAGAUGAGGAUCUUCCCCCUAGAAAUGAAAUAGAUCCCCCCAGGAAGCGCGUGGACUCCCCAAUGCUGAACAGGCACGGGAAGCGGCGGCCAGAGAGGAAAUCCAUGGAGGUUCUCAGCGUCACAGAUGGUGGAUCCCCAGUUCCUGCUCGCAGAGCCAUUGAAAUGGCACAGCAUGGACAGAGUAAAACAAUGUUCAGUAAAAGCCUGGAUAUCUCUGAAGCCAAUCCCAAAUUCAACAAAGAAGAAAGGUCUCGGUCAAUCAGCGGAGCAUCGUCUGGGCUCUCCACCAGUCCUCUCAGCAGUCCAAGGCCUAUCAGAAAGUUCUUCAUCCCCCCUCAGACCUCCGACCUCCCUUUCUCUCCCCGACCCCAAGUCUCCUUGGACCCUGAUGCUUGUAGGAACGCCUCCAGGCCUGGACAUGUACUCCAACCAAAGCCAGCACUUCAGCCCAACCCAAAGACGCAGACUUUGCCAUCCAAGAGCAAAUUGGCUGAAAAACCACUCCAGUCUACUAAAUCCAACCCACUCCCUGCCAGCAAUGCCAGCGCCCCCUCUUCCCAGAACAACCCUGUGCAGAACGCUCAGGGCCGCUCACCUGCUGCCGGCUUUAACCCACAGCUGGCUGUUCCUAAACUGCAGACCAACCCUAUGUCUCCUGUUAGAUUGCUCCCUUCUAGUACUGACCCAAGCACCAAAUCUAUCCCCAUCAUACAGGUCACCCCUCACCCCUCUCCAAGGGGAAGUCCCCUCCCUACCCCCAAGGGGACACCUGUUCAUACGCCAAAGGAGAGCCCAGCAGGCACACCCAACCCAACACCACCAUCCAGCCCCAGCAUUGGAGGAAUGCCUUGGAGGACACGGCUCAACUCCAUCAAGAAUAGUUUCCUGGGGUCUCCUCGCUUCCAUCGUCGGAAAUUACAAGUACCUACACCUGAAGAGAUGUCUAAUUUAACCCCAGAAUCAUCCCCAGAGCUUGCCAAAAAAUCCUGGUUCGGUAACUUCAUCAACUUGGAGAAAGAAGAACAGAUUUUUGUGGUCAUUAAGGACAAGCCAUUAAGCUCCAUUAAGGCUGAUAUAGUCCACGCUUUCCUCUCGAUCCCAAGUCUCAGUCACAGUGUCAUCUCACAGACAAGUUUCCGUGCAGAAUAUAAGUCCACAGGAGGUCCUGCUGUCUUCCAGAAGCCAGUGAAGUUCCAGGUGGACAUAACAUACACAGAAGGGGGAGAGGCGCAAAAGGAGAACGGGAUCUACUCUGUCACUUUCACACUCUUAUCAGGUCCAAGCCGUCGCUUUAAGAGGGUAGUAGAAACCAUUCAGGCACAGUUGUUAAGCACACAUGACCAGCCUUCAGUGCAGCAGUUAUCAGACACCACUAACUGUAUGGAGUUGAUGACUGGCAGACUUUCCAAAUGUGACGAGAAGAACGGGCAGGUGAGCCAUCCCCCCGGCACGCCAACCAAGCAUAGCGCAAACAGCAAGCGGAGCGAUUCCGGUUCUAAUGACUAUGGGUCUAGAGGAGACAAUAAGUACCCUGCUGGCAAAGACAAGGCAAAGAUGGUCUCAUCAGUCGGCCUACAAGACCAACCUUAAAUAAACACAUAAAAAAUUAAAUAACUUAGAGAAAAAAAAAAAAAGGAAACAGAACAAAACAAAAGGAAAAAAAGCAAGAAAGAAUGAAAGAAUAUUCCUUAGCAAGCUAGCCUCUAAACUAGAAGGAUGUAUAUACCUUGCCACAACAGUACAAAACUGUCUAUAGACAAAUUUUGUAUGAAGGAAUGACUGUAUAUAUAUACAUAUAUAUAUUUAUAUAUGAUAUAUAAUAUAUAUCUCAGAAACAAACACAAAAUCAAACGAAUGAAAGAAUGAAAAGAAAAGAAAGAAAAGAAAAGGUAGCACAGAUGACAAACCCAGUUCACCAGAUCUUGGGUUGUGGUUUUUUUCAAUUGUUUUUUUUCCUCCCUUUUUUGAAUGUUUUGAUUUUUUCCUCCUUCCUGAUUUUUUUGUUUUUUCUUUUUUGAUUUUUUUCCUUUUUGGGUUUGUUUUGUUUUCUUUUGUUUUGUUUCUUGUUCUGUUCAUGCUCUCUCUGUGUUUCUGACGACACCACUUGUUUCCGCUCUGCUACCAGGAAUUAUCCCGAAAAGUUAACAUGUCAGCCACGGCUUCACCUUCUGUGCUCUGCGGACACUUGUUGACGGAAGGCAACCGAUGUAGACUGUCCAAGGACCAGUCCUGUUUGAGGUUCCCAGCCUCCCCUCUCCCUUCAGGAAGUGGGCUUCUUUCCCACUUCUCCCCAGUCACCUCCCCAGUGCACGCCUGGUUUUUUUUCUCCCCUCUCUUUUUCUUUUUUGGCGCUCCACAAGAGACAUCUGCUCAGUUAUGGGAUUGCAGAGUCUGGGCUCAAAGGAGGUUGCAGAUUGUUGGAGUGAAUUAUUUACCCUUGGCAACUUCUGUCCGCGCAGGUGAUUGCAGCCCGGAGAGGGAGGGUGUGGGGGAGGAGACGGGUGUAGCAGGAGCGCAGUGUUCCAUGAAUCCAGAGCGCGUUCUCAUCAGAAACCAGCCAGGAGCAACUCAAAACUAAGCGGUGAACCAAGACAAUAUUGGGGAGCUUCAUCACGGGAUUUUCUUAUCCUUUUUUUUUUUCUCCCCACCACCUUUUCCUUUUCUUUUGCCCCCUUUUUUUAUAUAUACAUGUAUAUAUGUGUGUAUAUUUAUGUAUAAAUAUAUAUACAUACAUACAUAUAUAUAUACACACACACAAACUAAUUGUUUUUUUUAUACUGUAUCAUUUUGCUUUUUAACCUGCUGGAAGGGGAAAGGAGUAAACAUAGGAGGGAGAGGGGGUUCAAUGAAUAAACACAUACAAACAAAACAUUAAAACUUAGGGAAAAGGCAACUUCUGGUAGCAAAGAAGAGGGACAAGACUCUGCCAAGGACUGUCUCUCCCAUCACCAGGCACAGUUGCCGCUGCUGCUACUGCUGCUCCUCCUUCGACACCUUCCUCCCCACCUGUCAACUCCCUGCCACUGUGCCACUGCGCUGGGACCUUCUUCAACCAGCUGGAUCCUCCACCACACCCUGCAUUUAGAGGCAAUUGUUGUGUUGCUAGUGCUGCAUUGAUAUCAGUAUUAUUAUUUCUUUAAGUUACCAGUUUCAUUUGUUGGCUUGGGUGGUUUUUUUCUUAAAAAAAAGAGGAAAAAAGAAAAAAAAAAGAAAAAAAAAGAAGAUGAAGAGGAGGAAGAAAAGAGACUUAUAUUGGGUUUUAUUUCCUCUGUGUGUAUGUGUGUGUGUGUGCAAAAUCACUGGCACUUGGUUCAUCAGAGCAAGACAAGGUGGAGUCAGGGCAAUGGGAGACUUAAUCACGAAGCUACUGUAAACUUUAAAAUUUACUGCAAGAUAUUUUUAUAAAGGUUUUGGUUUGUUUUGGUUUUGUUUUUUUUUUUUUCUUUUGAAAGGGAGGAGGGUGGGAUUGGGUGGAUGGGGACCUUUUUUUUUGUGUUUCAGUUAUUAGGUCUUGGUUAUUUAUAUAUACAUAUAUAUAUAUUUAAAAAAAUAAGCUGUUAGAUAUAUCUUCUGUUUAAUAACUGUGUAGAGGCAACAUUGAUUCUUAUUUAUUUUGCAGAGGAGGGGGAAAAAAGACACAGAAAUCUUGUAAGUGUUAAUUUUGUGACUUUGAGAAAGAAGAAUUGCCACCUUUUUUCCUCCUCCUCAAGAGUUAUGUGACCAAGUGUAACUUAUUCUGGCCCAAGCUCAAAGGUUAAACAAACAACAAAAUGUGGUUUUACACGUGGAAGACAAAACACAGUGAGAAGUAUUUCUUGACUGAGAUUUUAAGAAUGUAGGCUUAGCAUUAGUGUUCAGCUCUUUUAUGACCUUCGAUUGCUGCUCGUUGGGUUCCUAUGGGUGUAUGUUGUAUCGCAAGAUUUUUUUUUUAAUGAUAAUGUUGGAUGAGUUCUUUUUUGUUGUUGUUGUCGUUGUUGGUUUUUUUAAUCAUUUUUCCCCUUCUUGGACCAGUUUUACUUGUACAUAGGUUUGAAGAUUAAAAAGAAUUUUUAAAGACACAACUGGGGCAAAGACCUUUGACUUCUGCCCUGUUUCCCCAUUCCCCAAAAUGGGAGGGAUUUAUUUUAUUUUUUUUGCUUUAUUUAUUUAUUUAUUUAUUUCCCCUACUCUUAAACUUUUCUCUCUCGUAUUGCUGUGUGCAUGUCAGACACCAGGGGGUGAUGGCUGGGGAGGGGGGGAGGCAAGGGUGCAGGAGAGGGGGGCAGUUUUAAUUGCAUGACAUUGCUGUAAAUUAGUCUCUUUUGCUUUCGUUGUCUUUCCUGCCUCUGCCCUCUCUCUACUUCUCCUCCGAGCUCCCCUCCCAUCACCCCCGUCCUUCUUUUCCCUCUUUUCUCUUCCCUUGUGUAUAGAUUUUGAUGCUUCUGUUACAUUGUACCUCUACAAAAGGCUGGGAUUUCAAUACAAGAAUAAUAAUAAUAAUUUAAAAAUACCUAUAUCAGCAAAACCCAUGUGGUACAAGCAGGAAGGGGAUUACUCACACAAGAUAUAAGAAUAAAUGAAAGCAAUACCUCUUGUUAUCCUUCCUAUUUUGUACUUCGAAGACACACACUCGCGCACACACACAUAUACAGACACAAACUGACAUUAUUUAAUGGUUUGAAAUGGACAAAAAAAUCUGAUGUAUCCCUUGUUAAAUAACUGUGAGCAACUUUAGUUCAAAAACCAAUAAAUUCAUUCAGUAAAGA